UCAGCUUAGUGUGCCUGAAUGUGAGAUCUUAGAGAAAACUUCAGAGAGAAAGAAGCAUUCUUGUUUUUCCUCCUGCUGCUUAUAUGCAUAUUACUUGGAAUUAAGAAAGCUCUGGACAAAUGGUUUGAAAAAAAAAAAAAAAAAAAAAAGCAACCUAAGCAGUAUGAACGUCUCGUCUCCAUCUGAGAUGAAGCAGCUUUGGAAGAUGAUCUUUCCGCUCCUUAUCCUCCUUUACUUAAUAGAAGCUGUCAAGUCUCAAGUAAAUCCAGGUGUGUGUCGGUCUCCAUUAGGAAUGUCUGUAGGACAGAUUUUAGAUGAAGACAUCUCAGCUUCCAGUCAGUGGUCUGACUCCACAGCAGCAAAAUAUGGCAGAUUGGACUGUGAGGAGGGAGAUGGUGCAUGGUGUCCUGAAAUCCCAGCAGAACCAGAGAAUAUGAAAGAGUUCCUGCAGAUUGAUCUCCGUUCUCUGCACUUUAUCACUUUGGUGGGCACUCAGGGUCGUCACGCAGGAGGCAUCGGUAAUGAGUUUGCUCAGACGUACAAGAUCAAAUACAGCCGUGAUGGCAGCCGCUGGAUCUCCUGGCGCAACAGGCAGGGCAAACAGGAGAUUGAGGGGAACAGGAAUGCCUAUGACAUUGUACUAAAGGACUUGGAGCCGCCCAUCAUUGCACGGUUCGUCCGCUUCAUGCCCAUUAUCGAUCAUUCCAUGAACGUUUGCAUGCGUGUGGAACUGUAUGGCUGUGAGUGGCUCGAUGGCUUGGUUUCAUAUAAUGCUCCACUUGGCCAGCAGAUGACUCUUAAUGGACAGUAUAUUUAUCUCAAUGACACUGUGUAUGACGGAGCCAUGAGUUACAGUAUGACAGAAGGUCUUGGACAACUGACGGAUGGCAUGUGUGGCCUAGAUGACUUCUCACAUAGUCAUGUGUACAAUGUUUGGCCUGGUUAUGACUAUGUUGGCUGGGCCAACGAGAGCUUUCCCAAUGGUUAUGUUGAGAUCAUGUUUGAGUUUGACCGCACCCGUAACUUCACCACAAUGAAGGUACAUUGCAACAACAUGUUCUCUCGAAGGGUGAAGACCUUCCAGAAGGCGGUGUGUUAUUUCCGCUCUGAGUCAGACUGGGAAGCCACACCCAUUUCAUUCAGCCCUGUGAUGGACGAUGUCAACCCUAGUGCCCGCUUUGUCACCGUCUCACUUUACAAUCAUAUGGCCAGUGCUAUUAAGUGCCAGUACUAUUUUUCUGAUAUCUGGAUGAUGUUCAGUGAAAUCACCUUCCAGUCAGAUACAGCAAUGUAUAAUACAACCCUUGCUCCCCCCAAGACUGGUCCUCCCACCAGCAGCCAGCCAGGGGAUGACCCCACUCACAAAGUAGAUGACAGCAACACACGGAUUCUGAUUGGCUGCUUGGUUGCCAUCAUCUUCAUCUUAGUGGCCAUUAUUGUUAUUAUACUAUGGAGACAAGUGUGGCAAAAGAUGCUUGAGAAGGUGUCUCGGAGGAUGCUGGACGAUGAACUAACUGCUAGUCUGUCAAUACAGAGCGAGACCUUCACCUAUAACAACAACAACAGCCCCUCCUCAGUGCCCAGCGAGCAGGAAUCCAGCUCCACCUAUGAACGGAUCUUCCCACUGGGAACUGACUACCAAGAGCCAUCCCGCCUCGUCCGCAAACUGCCUGAGUUCUCUCAGACUUCAGAGGAUGCUUCAUCAACAAGUACAGCUUCCAAGUCCGCUCAAGCAAGUGCACAAGAUGGUGCUCCACAUUACGCUGAGGCAGACAUUGUCAACCUGCAAGGUGUGACUGGGGGCAACCUGUACGCUGCGCCUGCCCUCGCCAUGGACUUGCUGUCAGGGAAAGAUGUUGCUGUGGAAGAGUUUCCACGAAAAUUGCUUACCUUUAAAGAAAAGCUUGGAGAAGGACAGUUUGGAGAGGUGCAUCUGUGUGAAGCAGAAGGCAUGCAAGACUUUAUGGAUGAGGACUUCUCCUUCGAUGUCAUCGAAAACCAAACAGUGCUUGUUGCUGUUAAGAUGCUUCGAGCGGAUGCAAAUAAAAAUGCUAGGAAUGAUUUCUUGAAGGAAAUAAAGAUCAUGUCACGGUUGAAAGACCCCAACAUUAUCCGGCUCCUGGCAGUGUGUAUGAGCUCCGACCCUCUGUGUAUGAUCACUGAGUACAUGGAGAAUGGAGACCUUAAUCAGUUCCUGUCUCGCCACGAGCCCGAGGGCAUGAUCGCUCUUCUCAGCAACGCUCCAACAGUCAGCUAUAGUAACCUACACCACAUGGCCUCACAGAUUGCUUCAGGCAUGAAGUACCUCUCCUCUCUCAACUUUGUGCAUCGGGACUUGGCCACCCGCAACUGCCUAGUGGGGAAGAACUACACUAUCAAGAUUGCAGAUUUUGGCAUGAGUAGGAACCUGUACAGUGGAGACUACUACCGCAUCCAGGGCAGAGCUGUGCUGCCCAUCCGCUGGAUGUCCUGGGAGAGCAUUCUUCUGGGGAAAUUCACCACAUCCAGUGAUGUCUGGGCUUUUGGAGUAACCCUUUGGGAGAUGCUUACCUUCUGUAAAGAGCAGCCCUACUCACAGCUAUCAGACGAGCAGGUCAUUGAAAAUACAGGGGAGUUCUUUCGGGAUCAAAGGAGACAGAUAUACCUGCCCCAGCCGCCAAUUUGUCCUGACUCCAUCUACAAGCUCAUGUUAAGCUGCUGGCACAGGAACACCAAAGAACGGCCAUCAUUCCAGGAGAUUCAUCGUACCCUACUGGAGUGCAAGCCAUAGUGUCGACUUAUUUGCCAACCUUGGCACCUUCAGAGACAUUUCAGUGCUCCCACAGGACUCCAGUCAAUCAUACACUACAACAGGCACUUAUAUCUUCUCCCGUAUAGACAGAGAGAGAAGAAUCCAUCAUUCUUCUGUAGCAAUUUUUACUGUGAGUGUGCAAAGGCAAACUGAUAUAUAUUGUCAAAUUGAACAAUGCGGUUUUUUACCCCCCUUAACUAAGUGUAGUUGGCUGGUAUACAAUAACUGGGCAGCACUAGGCCAAAAUAAAUGUAGCAAUGAAUUUAGGCACCUUUAACACAGAAGGAUUAGAUUUUACACGCUGUGCAUUUUCUCCAAAUUACUCUAUCUAGGAUAUCUGUCUAAAGUUAGAAACAAACUGGCAUUGGGAAAUAAUUUGCUGUAACAAUGUAAAAGGGAAAGGAUGCGGCAAGAAUGCUUGACAAUAUAAAUAAUAAUUUAAUAAUAAACUUAAACAAAAAGACAAAGACAAAGACACAUGCCGGGCAACUGCCCGUAAUACUCUCUCUCUCUCUGGAACUGCUGCCUCUGGUGCAUUUGUCCCUCUUUAGGGCUUGAUUAGCCUGAUUAGCCUGAUAUUAGGCCGGGUCGUGCAGCAUCACGACCCGGCCCCGCCCUCCUCACUGCCACAUUUGCCUUUUGUGAUUAACAUUUCCAUGUUAAUGUUGUGUUCAGUAUUUUGGGGCCGAAGACAGCUUGAAUGUAAAUAAGAAUGCAUUUUAAUUGACAUUCAGAUUCAGCUUUGGUUUUAUCUUGAUGUCUCAAUGUCUGUGCAUAUGUUCAUCUCAUUUAUUAAGAAGUAUUUUGUUAUUUUUUUUUAAAUAUUAUUAUUCUGGAGUAAGCUAAAACACACUUUCAACCAAGUAGAUUAACAUUUUUUUAGCUUUUUUUUUUUUUAAGUGCAUUAAUCUGGUUUUCACACAAUUUCAAAAUCAACAUUUGAAAAAGCAAACCUAACAUGCAAACUUUUCCAUUGGUCAAAGAAUUGUAAUAAUAAUAAUAAUAAUAAUAAUAAUAAUAGUGAUAUCCUGAAACUACAUAUAGUGUUAAUAUUUAAAUGUAUUACAUUAUAAAAGUGUUUGUGCUUUUCCUCGUGUUAUUCACUAGAAUCUUCCUAUGGUGGUUAUUUAAGACUUGUAAAGGUGAAACUGAACAUCUUUUAUUUUGUUGUUUUUUUGUUUUUUUGUUGCUCAAAACAACUUUUGCAUCAUGUCAUGCUAAUAGCUGAAAUUUUAGCAUUCUCAUAUUUGUAAAUCAACUUUGAAUUUCCAUAACUUUUACAGAAAUCACUGAAGUUACACAAGUUACUUGCAUGAAGUUGGAUGAAAUCCAAUAGUAACAUUACUUUGUACUAAUCUCACAUUUUUCAUUGUAUGUCCUAUGUCAAAUGUCAAAUGUCUUCAUUUUUUUUUCCUUUCUGGGUAUUUUUUAUCAAACAGGGAACACUAUUUAUGCACAUUGAUUAUCGUCAUUUUAAUGUUGAGUAUCAAUAGAACAACUGAAAAGCUUUACUAAA